GUGAGUGUGGAACAUCGUCUAGUGAGAAUUCAUUGCAUUGAUUGUGGCUGAAAGGAGGUCAGAAGAUGUUGACUCAGCAAGGAAGCGGUGCUAAGCCAGUCAAGGAGAAGCGCAGGAACAAUGAGAAACGAAAGGAAAAGUCACGGGAUGCAGCUCGUACUCGUCGCUCGAGGGAGACAGAAAUAUUCACUGAAUUGGCACAGUCUCUUCCGCUGCGCCGAGAAGAGGUUGACCAAUUGGACAAGGCGUCAAUUAUGCGACUCUCAAUUGCAUUUCUCAAAGUGAGAAAUAUGCUAGAGCUCUUUCCAAAGGCAAACAAUGUGCUGAAGGAAGAUUCCGUGGAUGAUAAUGAGAAUGACGUGAAAGACCUGGUGGCAAUGCCAAAGUACUUUGAGACGGAAAAGAUGAUCCUUGGUGCUCUGGAUGGAUUCCUUCUCGUGUUGUCGACUGAAGGAGACAUUACAUACAUCUCGCAAAAUGCCGCUGAAAUCCUGGGUAUUCAACAGAUUGACCUACUUGGUCAGCCAAUUUGGGAUUACAGCCACCAGUGUGAUCACGAGGAGUUGCGCGAGGCACUGAAUGUGAAGAAGAGUGUUGCUGAUGAUGGAAAUGGAAGUUGCGUGCAGAGGAGCAUCUUCAUUCGUCUCAAAUGUACAUUGACGAGCCGCGGAAGAAGUGUCAACAUCAAAAGUGCUUCUUACAAAGUAAUUCACAUCUCCGGGCAUAUUGCCACGAAUGUCUCAUGUGAUGGAAAACGUGAAUUUAUUGGUAUUGGGAGACCAAUGCCACAUCCGUCUAAUAUUGAAAUUCCACUCGGCUCGAGGACAUUCUUGACCAAGCAUUCACUGGACUUGAAAUUCAGCUAUGUUGAUGAGAAAAUGCACUCACUUCUUGGCUAUCAGUCGCAGCAUUUACUGGGAAAAUCACUGUAUGAACUUCAUCAUGGUGCAGAUUCGGAUAAUCUCAUGGGAAUGUUCAAGAGCUUGCUUAGCAAGGGCCAAAUGGAAACAAGUGGAUAUCGCUUUCUGGCUCGCUCUGGAGGAUACGCCUGGGUGGUGACUCAAGCAACGAUUGUCUAUGAUAAGCAGAAGCCACAGAGUGUCGUCUGUGUAAACUAUGUGAUCAGUGGAAUCGAACAUGAAGAUGAGAUAUUCUCCUGUGCGCAACUUGAGGCAAAACAGUCCACGGGUGUCGAUCAGCAGCAGCAGCAUCCGGAGAAUCGGUGUCGCGGUGGUGAAGGUGUAAAGAAAUUGGAUGUACUCAAGAAUUGUCGGCGAGAACGUGUCGAAGAGAAAUCAGUUGAGAGCUGUAAAUCAGUGCCGUUGUCGCAAUUACGUAAAGAAGUGACUACAUAUCGCUCGUGUUCGGCAACGAAAUUUGCCGGUGGUGAGCAUCAGGAGAAGAAUUUGCCCAAGGAAGUGGUGCAGGAGAGACAACAGAGGGCAUACUCUGUGACUGAGAAACUGUUUAUACCGAUCAGUGCCAUUUCACCGCGUCCAGAGUCUGCAACGCAGAAGAUCUUCGUACCACGCACUGAAGACAUGAAUAAAGGAUUCUUGAUGUUCUCUGAGGAGGAACCUGGACUCACAAUGUUGAAGGAAGAACCUGAUGAUUUGACGCAUUUGGCCCCAACGGCCGGAGAUGCAUGUAUUCCACUGGAGGAAUCGACACCAUUUUUCAGCUCAUGUGACGUAUUUGACGACCUAAUCGACUAUUGUUCACUCCUUCCGGACGACAUAAACUCCCCACUGGAUUCGCAAUGUAGUGGGCAGAGCAAGCCCAAUACAGAUCCCUUCAUUAACUAUCGCGAUGAGUCCAGUGAAACGAGUGGAUCUCCGCAUUUACUGUCACCUGGAGGGGUGUCCAAGAGUCCUGAAGCGAGUAGUUUGCCGUCGUUGUGCAGUCCAAAUGGAUCACUUCAAGAUGACGAAUUGGCAUUUAUGACCAUGAGCAUGGAGGAUGAUAUUGAUCUGUCCAUGAGGGCGCCAUACAUCUCGAUGAGUGAGGCUGAUGACUUGCCUCUGUUGAUAUCUGAGGACCUCAUGUGGGGUGCAUUUCCAGAGGGCCUGAGUUUGCACAAGGACAUGAAGGAGGGCAUGUCCAAGGAGGCGAGCAAUUAUACACAACAGCCAUCACAGAUGAGCAUGUCGCAGCAACAGCAGCAGCAGCAGAAGAUGAGGUGUCGCGAGACACAAUCAAUAUCGCAAGAUCACCACUUGAUUGAGAAUUGCACAAAUGUCAGGGGAUCAGAUCAAACGGACAGAGGCGGAGGAGGUGAUGGAUGCAACUUGAGUGCAUCUGAUAUCAUCAACUCAUGCCCAGACGUUUUCACCAAGAACAGUUCAGAUCUUCAAUCAUGGCCACUCAGUGACUUCCUCCAAUACGCCACCGCUUCUAAUACAAUUUCCCCCAAGUCUAUAAAUACACUGGAUGCGGCUGGAGUGAGAGCUCUGCAUCAGCAGCAGCAGGAGCAGUUUAAGAUAAAGCUCGAACGUACAAUGAGCAGUACGCACAAGCGCCCGUCGACGAAUGUCCUUCCGCCAGUGGAGUUUAGCACGGCGAAGCGUGUCAAAAAUGAAUCAAUUGCCGCAACGCCACAGUUGCUGCAGCAACUCAUGGCACCGGCGGCUGUUCAGCCAAGAUCGCGACCUACAAAGAGUAUCGCGAGCGAGGAUGGCAAUUCUGCGCUGAAUUGCAGGAUUAGGGAAGCGAGUGGAGCGUGUGAGGAGAGUCGCGAGAGGAACAGCAGCUCGUGGAAGGGCAGCUCGAGUCAACAAGCGUCUCCGUCAUCUUCCAAUUCAGUCCUCAUGAAUCUUCUGGUCAGCGGAUGUGAUUCAUCCGUGUCAUCGGGCGGACGGAGAGAGAUGGACAUGGACGUGGAGAUGAGCUCCAAGGAAUCCGCGGGCUCAGCGACGUCAGGCUCUGGCGUGAGAGUGUCAAAUCUGCGCGAGAUGAGGCACGUGAUGACGAAUGUGUCGAAUCCAAUGAUCGGCGGAGGAUCCUUCGGCGCUUCGCAUUCCUGUAGGGCUUCUUCUGGCCAGCGGUAUAAGCCGAGCGAUGAGGACGUCGUGGCGCUGGAGAGUCUGAUGACACCGGCAGACAUGGAGAUCUGGCGCACUCUUCAGGCCAGCGUGCACGAGAAGAGGGCCGCCAUGGUGCGCAAGAACUCCUUCUCGACUCUCAUCGACUCGGACAACGUGGCGAUUCCGUCGCUUCUGCUGGAGCUCAGCGACCAGGACUACGAGAUGAACGCUCCCAUCAGUGAGUUCAUGCUGCAGGGCGCUGACCUCAUCAAGGCGCUGGAUGAUCCCAACAGUCAGAUGACCUAAAGGAGGCCGUGACGCAGUCCAGGAGACGCACUCCACGGCCGACGCCGGGCGGAUGGCGAGCGCGCAGCGAUCUGCACACUGUACAAAGGAUCAUUAUUGCAUUUAGACGACACAGACGAGGGAUCAUCAGCACUUCACCUAUUUCCACGGUGCGAAAGUACACACGAAACUCUUCUAUGAUGAACUACUAUUUAAUUGAUCAUGAAAAUUAGUUGAUAGAUUUUUUGGUGUUGGAUAUUCUAGAGAUCGACCAUAACUUUUUGUUUCUUUUAUUAAUCAUUCUGUGUAGACUUUUGCUAGACAUCUUUUAUACACCGUACAUUUGUAAUAUUUUUACUUGACUACAAAAAAUAUAUGCAACAUUUCUCUGUAUAUGUACGUUAGCUAUUAGAUGCAACUGGUAGAUUUUUAGAAAUAGGAGGAAAACGACGAUUUUUAUUAAUAUAAAAUACAAAAAAGUGUAAACAUAUACAUAUAUUGGCUAAUAUAAUAAAAUUGUGUAUUGGUUUAGUGAUUAA